GCUCUCUUGCUAUGUUACGGUACAGCAAUGAAAAGAUUUGCGUGCCCUGACUACGUUUGAUCCUUACACACACACACACUCAUUGCCGUGCAGCUAAUACGAGCUCAAUCACGAAGUUAAAAGGGCACAUUUGCCGUACAGUCGUACGUCGUCUCUCUUCUUUCAGCCUAGUGUCCCUGUGCGCUAAUCAAUCCGUUUCGUUUCGUUUUGUAUUUUGUAGUUCCUUCCCUUCCAAAAAAAAAAGAAGAAGAGAGGAAAAAUAUGAUCAUUCCAGUUCGCUGCUACUCGUGCGGGAAAGUCGUAGGAAACCUGUACGAGCAAUAUCAGAUGUUGUUAGAUCAGGACUACACCGAAGCCGAGGCGCUCGAGGCGCUGCACCUGGAGCGCUAUUGCUGCCGUCGCAUGAUUCUCUCUCACAUUGACCUCAUCGAUGACCUCGUUCCUUACAGCGUGCCUGUGACAGGCACAAUGCAGAUGAUGGGAUCUCUGCAGACUUCUACGCCGCUCCGUCGCUGA